AUGGAUGAGCAUAGACUUAGCGAAGCUGAAACUCAACCUCGAGAAAAUACACGGUCUGCUGUCCGCGAGAGAAGACCGAAUUCAACAAUUGACCAACAAGAAGUACUCCAAGAGAAAUUGAAUACGCUUGAACAUUCUCGUCGGGGCUACCUUGGAUCGCUUACCCGAAUUUACAAUCAAAUCGAUGUGUUGUUAAGCAGUUAUGAUAAUGUAGUUCAAGUAAAAGAAUUCCAUUCAAAGUUACGGUUGGCUUGGCAUCAAUAUGAAGCGUGUUGUGUCCAUUAUUUAACGUUAAUUGACAAGAAAGGCGAGUUAUAUAAACGCGUCAGUGCGCAGUAUGAGGAACAAACGUUCAGAAAACAAACUUACGAUGUUACUGUAGAUCAAUACGUGACUGAUUCUCUUGUUCAUUUUAAUGCUCAAGUUAUGGAAGAUGUAGCUCGACAAAAAACAACCUCUGUCGGAUCUGACAUUUCGAAAAUUAGUAGCGCAACGUCCAAACUUCGCGAAGCAAAGCUGGCAGCGACGAAAGCAUCAUUGAUCAAAAGACAAACUGAAAGUAGAAAGAAAAGAGCUCUUCAACUUGAAUUGGCGAAAAUGGACAUGGAGAUUAAACGUAAGGAAUUUGAAUAUAAUCAACAUCUUGAGCUUGCACAUAUUGAGACGGAAAACGAAGUCGUAACCGCACGAGAUAACACAGAACUGGCAUAACUUGAAGCUCGAAUAGCAGAACAAGAAGUUUCCGAGUUAGCGAAGCACAAAGAGAAAGACAAGGAGAGCAACCGCACAUGUUCUUCCCCAUUAAUAUCCUCAUCUUCGAAUUCAUACCAGGAACGCAAUUCAGCCCAUCCAGCUACAGCUGAUCAUAUCCCUCCCACUGGACAAUCAAACGUACCAAAGGAAACAUCGCCAUUAAGAGACAACCCAAACGCUAAUCGUGCGACAAGUAUCCUUCUCCUUCGUGGAGGUAUCAAACAAACACACCAAUUUCCCACAGAUGCCCCUGCUUAUCCUGAACCAUUGUGUUACCUCCCACCAGCUACAAAAUCCCAGCGUCAGUCAGCAAGUCCAACUCAUGCAAAAAAUACAAGUGAUGUGAACAGAAGACUUUGGAAUCAAGAAGAUGUUACUGUUCCUCAACCUACUGGUUCCACCCCAUUCGUUCAAAAUUCACUCCUCAGUUCUCUGGUAACAACAAUCGAAAAGAUUUUCCUACAAUUCAAAUAAUGAAAUUUGAUGGUUCUCCACAGAGCUUCCCAGUAUUUCGGCAAAGAUUUGAGCAGUUGGUCCAGUCGAAGCUGCUUGACAAAUCGACGAAAAUGUCAUGUUUGUUACAACUUCUCGAUGGUGCGCCGUUAAACGCUGUAAAGAGAUACAAGACGAUUCCUGGUGGUUUGACGCGGGUGAUGAAACUGCUCGAGGAUCGAUUUGGUAGACCAUGUCAAAUAGUACGCGCAUGUGUAGACUCUCUGACCAAAGGACCAAUGAUCGCACCUAACGACAAGCAAGGUUUGCAGAAAUACGCUGAUGACGUGCAAGUGAUGUAUGAUACUCUAAAUUCAAUUAAUUGUCUCGGUGAGAUGAAUGCUGAUAACCUCGAAGAUGAUCCUCAGAUUACCAAGGUGGGCGCAAGGCAAAUUUGCGGAAUAUUUGAAGGAAAUCGAGUGAGGCAGUUCAACGAUGCCGACAUUUCAUAACAUAGUUGACUUCCUGAAAGAUCGUGCAGAUGUUGCAAAUCACCCUUUCUUCAGUAAAACAUCCGAAAGUAAUCGAGAUGAGAAAGUUUUCGGAGGUGGUCAAAGACGCAGUAGUGAAAGACGAACUAUCCUUACAACUCGAAGUAAUAAUCGUGAUGAUGUUUCAAAGGAACAAUUGUGUCCAAUGUGCAACAAUCUUCACCUGUUGUAUCGUUGCAAAGUUUUCAAGUCGAAGUCUCCAGAAAAGCGAGGCGAGUUUGUUAAGCGCAACAGAAUCUGCUUCAAUUGUAUCAACUCAAAGGAACAUAUCUCACGAACAUGCAACUCUUCCAUCCGUUGCAGAAGUCCUGGAUGCGGUAAACCUCACCAUACACUAUUACACAUGAGUUCCCCUCCUAAAGAGAAGAAGACGAAAUCCGAUGUUGGAACAAUGACAUUAUCUAUUGAUGAGUUUAAAUCAACCAAUAAUUUAACUUCCAAACAAAGAAAUGAAGUCUUGCUUCAAGUAAUUCCUUUACGAAUCAUCAACGAAGAUGGCAACCAAGUGUGUUAAAAAACCUGUGUGCCGGGAUGGUGAAAGGUGUAAAGUACUAAAGGCAAAAUAAAAGUCAAGAUUGAUAUCGAACCCUGUUUCGUACAUCGUAAAAUUCCAAUGUGCGGGAAUGUGGCUUGCUUUGCUUUGGUUUACUUGAUUACUUGAUACUUUGCUGAAUACUUCGCUUAUUGCUUUGCUUACUUUGAAUACUUUGAUGUACGAAACAGGGUUCGAACGCUUUAUAUCAAUCUUUGCCUUUAGUACUUUACAGUUUCACCAUCCCGGCACACGGGUUUUAACACAAUUAGAUUAUAGAAUAAAUAGACUUACCAAUGUGCGGGAAUGUGGCUUGCUUUGCAUUGGUUUACUUGAUUACUUGAUACUUUUGCUUAAUACUUCGAAUACUUUGUUGAAUACUUCGCUUAAUGCUUUGCUUACUUUGAAUACUUUACAUGAGUCAGGGUGUUGGCCUUAUAUGCCUGUUUAAAUAUUCGAUGUUUGUCAUGCAUAACUAAUGUAUAAUAUAAUAGUCAUUGUUAACAUACAAAGAACUUAAUAGUCAUUGUUGUUGAAUUAGCCACAACAGCCAACAAUGCUUGUCAAGUAAAGGUUUAGUGGCAUCAAGAUCACUGGUAGAACCAAGUAAAUCUGUCUCAUCCUAUGAUAUAAGAAACUACAUUCCUCAGCCAUCAUCAUCAUCUUUCAGUAGUCCAUCAUGCUUGCCAAGACAAUAUUCAGGAACCAGGUGUUUGGAGCAAAGUCCUAGUAAUGGCGAGACAGUGACAUCACAGCUACAGCAUAUCAGUGAGAUGUUUCCAUUUCUUGACCAUGAAACAAUUUCAAAAACAUUAUCAGAUGCAAAUAUGAAUGUUGAAGUUGCUAUCGACAAAUUACUUGGAGUGACAGGUAUUUAUACUAUUGUACACCUUCACUCUUAUGGACUGCAUGUUAUUUCAUUGUACAGGGGACUCUCGGCGUCAGGUUGUAAAACAGAUCUUAAACUAUUUCCUGUCAGGAAUUACGAAUUUAUUACUUUUUGUCAAUAUUACGACUAUUCUAUUUACAAAAGAACGAUUAAACAAAAAAAUAAAUAAAGGAAUGAUUAUAAAUAGAUAAGUAAGGUGAUAAUGACAAGAAGUCAUCCAGAAACAAUAAGGCUUGUUGUAAUGGGAUGUCUCCUUGAGCAUAAAAUUUAGAUAAAAUAAACUUAUAAACAUUCACAUUUAUGUAAGCACUGCUAAUCCCAAGAGGGGAAUCCAAUCCCUAUUCGCUUCCAAAAACCACCAGUGAACAUGAAAAUAAAUUUAUACUUCAUGCAACUGGUAUUCCAACAUUCUAUUCCUGAAGCAAUUCAACGUCUAGGCAUUUCUAAGUUUAUCUGGGAGAGAACACCAGGGUUUAGUUAGGACCUUGAUAAAGUAUGGUGAACUGUUUUUGUUAGUUCUACAAACAUGUGAUCGAUAUAGACUAGCGUUUCUUGUAUUGUAUGAUGAAUUUGAUUACUAGUAAUAAAUCUAACCAGCUUAUAAGUUUAUAAAUUAUCUCAGUGACACGUGCAGACUGGUCACUGGUGUUAUUAUUCUCAAUUCACUUGCUAAAGUUGGAUUACCUUUUUUGAUACGUCCUGUACAUAGUUCACAUUAGAACUUUUACCAUCCAUCCCCUUUGUUUAUCAUCAUCUCAUAUAUUUUUAUGUGCAAUAGAAAAUAUUACUGCAGUUUCUUAAAUGUUUAUGUAAACUGCAUGUGUAGUUAUUAAUACAGAAUUUAUCGUAAACAAGAAUUUUUAUUUGUUUUGUGUAUCACAGAGCCAGAAGUUCACAAUCAUCCAGAUACUCGUAAUGAGCCAGAAGACAUAGCAGAUGAUGAUGAGCUAUGGGAUACCCCUUUAUUUGAAUCAGUGGUAUUUGCAGGUAAUCCUUCACAGUCUCUCAAAAGGUUUACUCGUGCUGCUGUUAACACGUUUGGAGAAGAGAUGGAUGUCGUUAUAAACCGAAACAAGGACAUGUUACAACAGGUU